CGACUCUGGUGCUUCAUUUUCUCUGGGACUGGUCGAGAUGGAAGGCUGCGAUUACGAAGUGUUCUUAAGUUUCAGAGGACCAGACACGCGCACAGGCUUCACCGAUCAUCUCUAUACCCGUCUCACAGAUGCAGGAGUCUGUACCUACAGAGAUGGUGAAGAUCUCCACAUCGGUGAAGAGAUCGGCCCGGAUCUCCUCGGGGCGAUUGAGCAGUCGAAGAUCUCCAUACCCAUCUUCUCUAGAAGUUAUGCUUCCAGUAAAUGGUGUCUGAAGGAGUUGGCCCAGAUGGUGGAGUGUCGGAAAAGGAAGGGACAGGUAAUCAUGCCCAUUUUCUACUAUGUCGAACCAUCCGAGGUUCGAUACCAAACCGGAGGUUACGGCGAGGCCUUGCUUGUGCACGAAAACAAGAAGCGAGUGGAUGAUGAGACCAUCCGCAAGUGGAGAGCUGCUCUCAAUGAGGUUGGAGGGUUAAAGGGAUGGAACACAGCAAACGUGGCUAACGGGCACGAAGGACAACUAGUUAAAGAGGUGAUUACCAAGGUUUUAAGUGAGCUGAAGAAGGUGUAUUUGGUGGUUAGUGACUUCUUGGUUGGUGUUGAUGACAGUGUGAAAGAAGUUCUAGGGAGGAUAGGCACCGACACCAAUGAUAGAAAGAUCUUGGGAAUCCACGGAAUGGGUGGCAUUGGAAAAACUACUCUUGCCAAAAUGGUCUACAACGAACUUUCUCAGGACUUUGUUGACUGUUGUUUUCUCGCUGAUGUUAGAGAAACUUCACAUUCAAAAGGAAUUGUGUGUUUGCAGACUCAACUAAUCUCAGACCUCUCAAACCAGGCACAUCAAAGUAUAAAUUCCAAGGACGAGGGAAUAAUGACGAUAGAAGAGAGAUUUUCACGUAAAAAAGUUCUCAUUCUUCUUGAUGAUGUUGAUGAAAAGGAUCAAUUAACUGCACUUUUGGGGAGGCGAAGUUGCUUUGGUCCAGGAAGUCGGAUACUUAUAACAACCAGAAAAGUGAAUGUUCUACGUGAAUUCGGAGUAAAAUUGACUUAUUUUGUUGGUGGUUUGGAUCCCGAAAGAUCCCUUCAGCUAUUCAGUAAGCAUGUUUUCAGAAGAGAUCACCCUCCAAUUGAGAAAAUGGAACAGUCUAGAGAAAUUGUGAAGAUAGCAGAAGGUCUUCCGUUGAUUCUGGAGGUUAUGGGUUCAACUUUAUCUAUAUGUGGACAAACAGAAGAAAUGUGGGAAGAUUACUUGGUGAAGUGGAAAAAGGGUCACAUCAAUAAUUUUAGAAGUAAGUUGAUGAUCAGCUAUGAAACAUUAGAUCCCAGUCAAAGAGAAAUAUUUCUUGAUAUAGCUUGUCUUUUCGAUGGAUAUGAUAAGAGUACAGUAAUAUACAUGUGGAGAGACUGUGGUUUAUGCCCAACAGAAGGUCUUGAAGUUCUUCAGUUGAUGUCAUUGAUUAAAAUUGGAGAAGAUAACAAGCUUUGGAUGCACGAUCAACUCAAAGAUCUCGGUAGAGAAAUUAUUUCUCAAGAAAGUGGGGGCGAAUUAGAUAAGCAAAGUAGGUUGUGGAAUCACAAGGACGCAUUGGAGAUAGUACUAAGAGAGAAGAAAAAUGCAAAGCUCGAAGCCCUCUGUUUGAAGUUUGAGAAAUGGUCAGAGUAUCGUUUCACUCUUGAAGGAUUUGCAGCGCUUCCAAAUCUGAGGUUCCUUCAGGUGGAUAGCCAACCCCUCGUUUAUGAUAGAGUUGACCGUUUUUUCUCCCAAGCUACACUUCUUUGGCAUAACAAGUCCUUGAUUGUGUCGCCUACGUAUUUUUCACUGAGCGAGAACCAACUACUUCCCAACUUAAGAUGGCUCUCUUGGCAUAAUUUUCCUCAGUGGAUACUCAAGAUAAGCUAUUUUUCGUUGAGUAAUUUAGUCAUUCUUGAUUUUUCAAGGAGUAAAAUUACUCAUGAUUGGAAUGGAUGGAGGCACAUAAAGAGAGCAGAGAAAUUAAAAGUUCUUGACCUUUCGGAAUGUCGACACUUGAUUAGAACUCCCGAUUUCUCUGGACUCCUAACGUUGGAGAGAUUAAUUCUCGAAAGUUGUCGAUAUUUGGCUAAGAUUGACUCAUCAAUCGGUCAACUAAAGCGAUUGGUUUUCUUGAACUUGCGCAGUUGUAUUAGUCUUCAUUAUCUACCAAAAGAGUUGGGUGGAUUAUCAUCUCUCAGGGAACUUCUCCUUCAUCAUACUAAUAUAUCAGAAAUUCCUGAUUGGUGGGGUAUAGAGAACUUGGAAAAUCCCCAUGAACAAAUUUCACCAUCAGAAGUAGGGGAUUCACUCAAUUGUCUAACUUCACUAUUGACACUUUCAUUGGACGGUACAGAUAUUACUCACCUACCCAACUCCAUUGGAGUGCUGACAAAUCUUGAAAGCUUAUCAUUGAGUGGGUGCUUCUAUAUGCACACACUUCCAUACUCCAUUAAGGAAUUACGAUCAUUGACCGAGUUAGAUCUAUUCGGCACAAGCCUCACUGAGUUACCUGACUCUAUGGAAAGUCUGGAGAAUUUAAAAGCAUUGAAGUUAUGCUUGUUUCAAGAAUCGGUUGUACCACCCUUGCCGAAGCUUCCAGAAAGCUUGACUUCUUUGGCAAUCGUAUCUGAUGUACCAAUAGCCGAUCCUGAUCUUUCCAACUUGAUUAAUCUGAAACUAUUGUUGUUCAUCAUCGCAGUGCCUGCGAUCUCUGGCCGACCUAAGUUGGUGCAAGUUCCAGCGCCUUGGUGGAUUGGGAGAUUAUCCAAAUUGGAAGUCUUGACGCUGGGUCACCCAAGCAUUACAGACCUAUCUCCUGAGUUAGGUGCGCUUCCUCGCUUGAAGACCCUUCAGCUUUUCGAUUGCUGUUCUCUGGAAUGCAUUCCGCAGAUUCCCUCGAGUGUCACAAAGCUUCAUAUUGGAAAAUGUUCAUCGUUGACCACACUCGAUAUCUCAUAUUUGAAGAACCUAGCAGAACUAUAUGUCUUGGGUUCGUCAAUAGAGGAUCUUUCUAGGCGUGAACCUUCAAACAAUCUGCAAGAGUGGAAGAUAAGUGAGGAUUGGGGGGCCGAUUUAGAGCAGAAUUUUUUAAAAAUGAUGUGGAAACAGCACGGACUCACAACAAUUAUGUACUGGACUAGGUUUAAUGAUUCAAUUAAGGCACGUCACACUAUUCGGAUAUGA